GGUCCUCGUCGAACGCGGAGAUGGUACGACGGUAGGUGAAACUGCGUCGCGAAUCUCCGUUUUCAAAUCCGAACGAUCGCUCUUUGCUCUUUGUCGCGCGUAUGUGCGUGCGUACAGCGAACGUACCGAAACGAGGCAACUGCAGAGACGAGUAGACGCCGGUCGAUCGACGAACGGCUGGACGAGAGGAAAACCGAGCAAGCUACGGAGCGAGAACGGAGUAGUCGGGGCCAGACCCAUGGCCGGGAAUUCUCCUCGCCGGCUCUGGUCGUGGAUCUCGAUCCUGAUCCUGCCCGCGUGUUUGCUUUCUUCCUCGAAAGGCCAACGAGUUCCGUGCGUUUCUCGUCUCUCGAAUACCACCGAGCGAAACGAACGCGGAGACAAAGCGGAAGUGAUGCUCUUCUCGAGAGAACGUUGCGACUAUCGGACCGAUACCACCGCCAUCGACGCCGACGUUCGACGUUGUCUCGAUCGAUUUUCCAACUUGGACGUGCGAAUCACCGUUGUACCUUUCUCGCUGUCGUGCGAAGCGAAAACUCGAGGCCUCGACGCUCUGUUACGCGUGCUUGGCGAGGGAAGAGCGAAAGCUCUGGUAGCUGUUCUCGACUCACCGAUGUGCGAAAUUACCAGAGACUCGGAGGAGAAGCGACUCUCGUCGAUCGUUAGACUGUCGCCGUCGUUGCCUGCGAUAGCGAAAGCCCUCGCGGAAAUGUUGAUGCACUUGCGAUGGAAGACCGUAGCGAUCGUAGGAACGGAUCGCGAACCAUGGACGAGUCUUGAAACGGCGUUGUCCAACUCUUUGCAAAGUGCAGGAAUCGUGGUGCGACGACGCGUGCUGUUACCGCAUCGAGCUUCUCUCCGACAGAUUCGAAGAAUUCUCCGCACCGUUCGCGACGUUUCUCGCAGAGUUACCGUGUUGUGUCUACCGACGACGUCCGACGAGGAUGGACUGAUAACUCGCGUGCUCUCCGAGAUAGACGCGGUACAGCGAUCCUCGAAUUCUACGUGGAACUCCUCCGUGACCGUCGUCGUUCACACGGAAGACGACGAUCUCUUUCUACCGACCGGAAACGCUUUCGUCUCUCGUUUCGAUUCGGCGAGGCCCGACGUUUCGCUUCCGAUCGCUUUGUCGUCUUCCGACGAUCUCUCUGCUACCGACGUAUCCUGCGACGACGAACUGAUCUCUCGGGAAGGAGACGACGGUAACGACGCGACGACGGAACGAGUGACAGACUCGGUGUUGGAAGAAGCAGACGACGUGGACGAAGAAGCGGAAGAAGCGGAAGAGACGCGGAACAAAUCGAGAGUAACGACUCGUCGUCGUCGGUUCCUUCCACCGAGAAACUUGAGUUCUACUUUUCUAGAAAGAUUGAUGACCGUGACGCCUCUCGAUUGCAGAUACGACGUGGAGAGAGUGUUCGAGGGCGCGGAGAGGUACGCAGCGCCAACGUUGAUGGACCGUCUGAACGAGGCCGUCGACAUCUUGACGAACAACGACAAUUCUAGCGUAAACGCGUUCAAUAACAAAAUUUACACGUACGUUAUGCUCGAUUGGCGCGUCGACGUCUGGAAACCUGUAAUGAUCGCGGUGGAAGGAAGCGACGGAUUGUUCGUUCGAAAGUUAUCGACGAACGCGACGGCGUUUCGCGAUACGAACGACGCCGAUUUCCCAAGGUGCAGCAACGUCGACGUCGACGGGAUUCCCUUUGUCGAUUGCACGGAGGCGACCGCUUCCGACGACGAAUCGUCGACGUUUCGUAUCGCGCGCGUCGUCGCUGUCGUCCUGGGAUCCCUCUUGUUGACCGUUUUCGCCGUGUCGAUCGCCGUCUUCGUCAGAAAAAAGUUGCUUCAGAAGAGAAUGUCCAAAGGCCCGUACAAGAUCAUCUUGACCACGUCGGACUUUGUAUUUCCUCGAGUACCUCGAGUAGAUUCCACGAGGGUGGACGAGGGUAUCGAGACCAUGUUGUGCUGCUGGUUGCAACAACUGCAAGAAUUUGGCGGGCCGGAAGUGGAAAAGCCAGACUUGCUUCGACUCGGGAGCGUGUCGUCUUUGAAACCGUGUUUGCCGACUAGCACGGGAAAUCUGACGCGUCCCAACUUCUUCAAAGACCCACGCGCGAGAUACAACAUCCACGGUCUGCGCCAUGAAAAUCUCAAUCCCCUGAUAGGAUGUUUGAACGAGCCGACGAGACCGUGCCUCGUUUACGAAUAUUGUUCGAGAGGAUCGUUGGAGGACGUACUGGUGCAAGACGAGAUCAAACUCGACUGGUCCUUUAGACUGUCGUUUCUCACCGAUCUCGUGCGGGGUAUGAGAUAUCUUCACGGUACGCCGAUACGCGUACACGGUUACCUCACGUCCCGAAACUGCGUUAUCGACGCUCGCUGGGUUCUCAAGGUGACCGAUUACGGACUGCCUGUUUUCUACGAAGCGCAAAAUAUCGUUCCUCCGACGAGAAACGCCAGAGGUAUGAUGGUUUCGACCGUUCCCGUCGCGAGGGAAUCUGUCUUUCGUGUACCUGUCCGACGAACUUCGAUCGAUGGAAAUGACGCAAUUUCCGCGUUUCGUCUCGUAGAUCUUUUGUGGACGGCACCCGAAUUGUUGAGGCGACCGAAUCUUCGGAAGAGAGGAACGCAAGCCGCGGAUGUUUAUAGCUUUGGUAUCGUUAUGCAGGAGGUGGUGGUUCGCGGAGAACCGUUUUGCAUGCUUGCUUUGUCUCCGGAAGACAUCGUUGAAAAAGUGAUGAAACCACCGCCGCUGAUCAGACCGUCGGUGAGCAAAGGUGCCGCACCGCCGGAAGCGAUAAAUAUCAUGCGUCAGUGUUGGGCAGAGGCGCCAGAUAUGAGACCCGAUUUUAACGACGUUCACGAUCUUUUCAAAAAGCUCAACCAUGGGAGAAAAGUCAACAUCGUCGAUACGAUGUUCCAAAUGUUGGAAAAGUACUCGAACAAUUUGGAGGAAUUGAUACGCGAACGUACGGAACAAUUGGACGUGGAGAGGAAGAAGACGGAACAAUUGUUGAAUCGAAUGUUGCCAAGCUCUGUCGCGGAGAAAUUGAAGGUAGGCAUGCCUGUCGAUCCCGAAGAAUUUCGAGAGGUAACGAUCUAUUUCUCCGACAUUGUUGGUUUCACCGCCAUCUCCGCGCGUUCGACCCCGUUCCAAGUGGUUGAUCUUCUGAACGAUCUGUACACCUGCUUCGACGCUACGAUCAACGCGUACACCGUGUACAAGGUGGAAACGAUAGGAGACGCUUACAUGGUCGUAGGUGGUUGUCCGGUAAGAAUACCGGACCACGCUUCUCAGAUAGCUACCAUGGCUCUCGAUUUGCUGCAUCAAAGUGGAAAAUUCAAACUGAAACAUCUGCCCGGAACUCAACUGAGGCUUCGAAUCGGCCUUCACACCGGACCUUGUUGCGCCGGUGUUAUUGGCCUGACUAUGCCGAGAUACUGCCUUUUCGGCGAUACCGUCAAUACCGCGUCGAGGAUGGAGUCUACCGGCGCACCCUGGCGUAUUCAUCUCAGCGAAGCAACGAGAGAUCGACUGACUCGGGUGGGUGGAUAUCGGAUCGAAUACCGCGGGCCGACGGAAGUCAAAGGCAAGGGAAAGAUGCCUACUUAUUGGUUACUAGGGAAACAAGGUUUCGACAAGGAACUUCCAACGCCACCGCUGCUUGGGCUGAACGACGGUUCGACGUUGGAGAGUUUGACGAACGAAGAGAGCACCGUAUCGCCAGACGUUGUUAGUUGCGACGUGCCGGUGGAAGUCGUUGUUGCUCGGUCGAGCGAAGAUACAAAGGGAGAUGAUGCACGCGAGAACGACGACGGAUGUCGUUGCGACGUAUCCGCGAACAUCGACGAUAAUGCGGUCGAGAAUACGGUCGAGAAAAAUCCAGAGACGCGUGCAGUCGCGGUCUCUGUGCACGAUGAACUUGGAUCUGUGCACGGAGAUGCAAAUUCUUCCUCGAAAUCGACGGUCGACGCUUUGGAAGUUUCAUCGUCGAGGAAAAAAUCGUCGAGCGAAAGAGAAAGCGACGGUACCGACGCAGCCACUGUCGUUGUCAACAGUGGUACUUGCAACGAUGCUCGAACGUCUUUAGGAACGUCUGCUAUAUUUUGUACGGAAACGACUAUUCUCGGCGCGUCUACCAGUUCUCUCGCGUCGAUUUCAAGCUCGACUACGGUCCCUUACAGACCCGGUCCGGCAAGACAUCGGAGAAUAGGUUACAUCGAUGAGAACGACUUGAGCACGCCCAACAGCAACAGCAACAGCAACAGCAACAACAACCGCAACCACUAUCGUUGCAACAACAAAACUUAAAUACGGUACCAAGACUGUACAAGCAAAACAGCGCGGGGGCAGCGAAUGAUUUGGAACGUAUCGAGGAGGUACCAUCUACUCCACCUACUUCUCUUCUUCGACGCUACAGACAAGCCGCGUCCGUUUCUCUUUCGGUAGAAUCUUUGACGCUCCGUUGA